AUGGCGGCGGCGAGCCAGAGCGAUGCGCCUCACCGGGAGCCCGGGCAACGCCGUCCCAUGUGCGGCGUCUGCACGAAGCCCCUCCGUCUCUGCCUCUGCGGCCGCCUCCUCUCCCCGCCGGUGGACAACGCCGUCGGAGUCACCGUCCUGCAGCACGCGAUGGAGGCCCACCACCCGCUCAACUCCACGCGCGUGGCGCGCCUCGGCCUCCGCAACCUCGCCGUCGUUCAGGUCACCGACGUCAACCACCGCGCCCGCUUCAUCCUCACCACGCUUGAGGCCGGCGGCGGCGCGGCGGCGUCGGGUCUUGCAGGCGGUCCUGUGGCUGCUCAUUUUGGAAACCAUGAUCGGUCUGACGGGCCUGAGGAGAUCGACUUGCAGAAUGGCGGUGGCCCUGCGUUUCCUCGUGAUGGGAUUUGCGCCAAAUCAGAUCGAAAAGAUAAUGCGAGCUGUGAUUUUGACGGGUCCGGAUUGAAUGCCUGUGGUUAUCUGGGCGCUGAAGACAUCAGUUUUGGUGAUUCUUGUGAAAGGUUGGAUCGUGGGGACCUCAAUGGUGGGAUCUUCUGCAAUCUUGCUGGAGAGGUUGGUUCUCUUAGUUGUGCCAGAUUCAUCAAGAAGACGAAGAGUGAUGGACAGUCUGCAGCAGGUCUUGAAAGGCCUAGCUCUGCAGCAAACCAGAUAGAGAACUCUGUUGAUGACUCAACUAUAGGUGAAAGCAACCAUAGAAGCGAGGUGGGGUUGACGAAUAAGGUAAAUGGUAAGUUGUCUAAUUCUGUAGUAGCAAAUGACUCAGACUCAGGAGAAGUUAAUGGGAUGGUUAAUGACUGGAACGGUAUGGAAGAAGAAAUAGAUGAAGCUAGUGCUGCUAUUGGACAGGAUUGGACCAGGAAAAACAUGGAUAAGUGCACUAUUGCAUACACAGAGAAGAUACAGAUGAAGAAGUGUAAACUCACUGGAGAAGUUACAGUGUUUGAGGAAUUCUCAAUCACCAUACCGCCAAAAUCUGCUUUGCUAUUUCCGUGCCAGCGGGCAAUCAGCAUUGAUGCUUCAGGUUGUCAGGUACAGCAUUUGAUUGUGUUGGAUGGCACUUGGGCAAAAGCACAGAGGAUGUACCAUGAGAAUCCAUGGUUGCAACUUCUGCCAUACGUGAAGCUGGAGUCAGAUAGGGUUAGCUUGUAUAGUGAGGUGAGGCAUGAGCCAAGGGCUGGGUGCUUGUCUACCAUUGAGAGUAUAGUUGUUGCCAUGAGGAAACUGGGAGAAGAUUCAAAGGGAUUGGAUGAUUUCUUGGAUGUUUUUGAGUCGAUGAUUGCUGAUCAGCGGCGAUGCAGGGAUGAGAAUGUCAAGCAAAAGCUGAAGUCCUAA